AUGAAUCCAAAUUAUUUCGUCACUUGUCCUCUUUUUCCUUUGUUUCCUCGCGAUCAAGGAUAUAGCCAAGGAUUCCAGUUACCUGCACGUAUGAGACCAAAGGAUUGUGUAAAUUUAGAAAAAUUAACACAAAUUUUUAGAGAAUCUUUAUUAUAUGAAGAGAAGUUAGAAAAUGACCAAAAUCCAGCUGUAAUAUCAGUUUUAAGUCCAUAUUCCAAAUUCUUCCAUGUAAUGGUUCUCGAUUUAAGUUCAAAAUUAUAUCUUCCUGCUCCUGAAUGGUUUUCUCCUGAAUAUUUUCAUAAGAUAUGUAAUCUUUGCAAUAAGUGCAUUAUUCAUAUGCGAAAAACACAAACCAAAUGUCUUUGUGCAGGCUAUAAUUGGUCUCCUUAUAGUUAUGGCACUGAAGAAGAGAAAACAGGUGCUCAAUCGGUCACAACAAAGUUUCAUUUCUCUAUUUGGUCAUGGGAUGACUUGAUGCCUUAUGAUGGAAGAAAAAUUUCCGAAGCAACAAAAAGAGCUUUAGGAGAAAACAACUAUGGACUUGCUUUCUCUAAGAUGAUUUGGAAUGAGAUCAAAAAUGUUGUAGUUUCCAGCAAUUUAUUUGGAAAUCCAGAAUUUUCUUCCAGAUCUUUAUAUACUCCAUUUAAUAACACAAAUAUAUCAGAUAUAUUGCAGAAUAGUAAGAUAAUUUAUGACAUUGCAGGCAUAAUUUCUUCAACAUUGAACAGAAUUUCAAAAAUUAUUUCUGGAAAUUUGGUUGAUGAUUAUAAAAAGCUACUAAAAAAGACAAAAGAAAGACCGUUGACAGAUGAAGAACUUGAAUAUUUAAGAUCUCCAGUAAAACCAAAGAAAUUAGAGGAAUAUUUAUCAGAAACCCAAAACGAAUAUGAAAAAGAGUUUAUUUCUGCCUUAUAUGGAUCAAUUGUCAAUCGAUAUGAAAAUUCGAAUCCAGAAGCUGCUAAAUGGAGAAAACAUUUCGGAUAUUCUCUUGUAAUGUGCGAAAGUUCACUUGACAAGCUUUCAAGUGGACUCAGAAUAUAUUCACUGCCACAAUGUGGACCAGGUGGAGUUGUUGAAGCCUUAGGUUGCAUUCUAACUCGUCCGGAAAAUUGUAUUGCAGAUGAAAAAGAUAUGAUUGCUCAUAACAGAAUGCUAUGGGAUCUUUCUGAAUCAUUAAACUAA